CUCCCAUGCCCGCUUCUCAUCUCAUCCCCACAUAAACAAGAGAAAUACAGAUCCAUCUCUUCUCUGAUCACACCCAGCAUCAUAAGUACUGCAGGGGGACAGUGUAGCUUUUCUUUCCUAGCUACUAGCUAGCUCGAUCCAUGGCGGCUUCCAUGGGUUGCCUCCUGGUGCUCUGCCUUGUUUCUCCUUUGCUCCUCGCCGGCGCCGCCCACGGCAACCCGUGGUACGGCGGCGGCGGCCUGUUCCCGCAGUUCUACGACCACUCGUGCCCCAAGGCCAAGGAGAUCGUGCAAUCCAUCGUGGCGCAGGCCGUCGCGCAGGAGACCAGGAUGGCCGCGUCCUUGGUCAGACUGCAUUUCCAUGACUGCUUCGUCAAGGGUUGUGACGCGUCCGUGCUGCUGGACAACAGCAGCAGCAUAGUGAGCGAGAAGGGGUCCAACCCAAACCGCAACUCUCUGAGGGGAUUCGAGGUCGUGGACCAGAUCAAGGCCACCCUCGAGGCCGCCUGCCCCGGCACCGUCUCCUGCGCCGACAUCCUCGCCCUCGCUGCCCGCGACUCCACCAUCCUCGUUGGUGGCCCGUUCUGGGACGUGCCGCUGGGCCGGAGGGACUCUCUGGGCGCCAGCAUCCAGGGCUCCAACAACGGCAUCCCGGCGCCCAACAACACACUCCCCACAAUCAUCACCAAGUUCAAGCGCCUGGGGCUCCAUGUCGUGGACGUCGUGGCACUCUCAGGCGCGCACACCAUCGGCCUGUCCCGGUGCACCAGCUUCAGGCAGAGGCUGUACAACCAGUCCGGCAACGGCAUGGCCGACAACACCCUGGACGUCUCCUACGCGGCACAGCUGAGGCAAGGGUGCCCUCGCUCAGGCGGCGACAACAACCUCUUCCCGCUGGACGUCGUCACCCCGGCAAAGUUCGACAACCUCUACUUCAAGAACAUUUUGGCCGGCAAGGGGCUUCUCAGCUCAGACGAAGUCCUGCUCACCAAGAGCGCCGAGACGGCGGCGCUGGUGAAGGCGUACGCGGAUGAUGUGGGUCUCUUCUUCCAGCACUUUGCGCAGUCGAUGGUGAACAUGGGCAACAUCAUGCCACUGACAGGGUCGCAAGGGGAGGUCAGGAAGAACUGCAGGAGGCUCAACAACUAUCACUGAGCAGCCCGUUACUGAAAAGCUCCAUGCUUUAAUUUGUGUGCUGAAUUGUACUGCGUGGAGUUGGUGGCUUCUUUAUUUUAUUUUGGAAUAAACAAUGUGUGUGCUUGUGUUAUUUAUUCAUAUUGGUUCAGUGAGCUCCAA